AUGCGAAAACUGACCGUAAUCGUGUUGGUCUCCAUCCUGGGACUUGCCACGUGUCAAUGGGGUCCCGGCGGAUGGAGUGGCGGUCCCGGAAGAUGGGGCGGAUGGGGCGGCAAUCGAUGGGGAGGAAAUGGAGGAGGCAACUGGGGUGGAAGUGAGUUGUCUAUGAUCUUUCAAGAUUUUUUGUGAAAACUUCAUACCUAGUACUUCAUUUUUGCAGUUGACAACUUUUCUCUAGGACCACUCCGAAGAGUACUGUAGCGCCUGGAAGUUGGCAUCGAAACGCCGUGUUGACUCUAACUUCCAAGCGCUACAGUAGCCUUAGGAGUGGUUGUACAGAAAAAUGAUCAACUAGAAAAAUAAAGUACUAGACACGAAACACAUUUUUGUAAUUGACAACUUUUUAGCGUCGCUACUCCUAAGGCUACUGUAGACCUUUGAAGUUGAGUUGAUCGCUACUGUAGCGUCCUGGCGCUUCACAACGUCCCAAACAACUAUAACUCUUCAUUAAUUUCAUUUUCAGACGGUGGAGGUGGUCCGGGCGGCUGGAACAGUGGUGGCGGUCAAAGCGGAAAUUGGGGCGGUGGUCCAGGAGGCGGAAACGGAGGCGGAUGGGGUGGAAGUUCGUCGUCUUUUUUCUACUGUUGAUGAAACAUUUGUGAUUCAGACGGUGGCGGCGGCGGCGGUGACAACUGGGGAAGUGGUGGUAGCAAUGGAGGCGGAUGGAGUGGAAGUGAGUACAAAUGUUGUGUGAGAAAGCUAUUAUCAAUACCUCUGUUUCAGACAACGGCGGCGGCGGCAGCAACUGGGGAAAUGAGCAGGGAGGAAGUUGGGGUGGAAACGGAGGCGGUGGCCGUGGCGGACGAGGACCUCCAGGCGUAAACGGAGGCGUUAUGAACGACGGAAACUGGGGUGGAAGUACGAGUUUUGCUGAAAGUACAUCACUAUUGUUUUGUUGUUUGUUUGCAGACGGCGGCGGUGGUCGUGGAGGCGGUGGCGGUGGCGGUGGAAGAGGAGGAGACUCGGCCGGAGUCCGAAUCGCUGAAGGUGUGCUCGGAUCACUUUUAGGAUAG